GCCCGCGCCGCUGGCGCCCAGUGGGAGGGCGAGGCGCGGGGCCCUCUUUGGCAUACAGCGCCACCGCCGCGGCGGCCGCCUGUCCUUCCGCGCCAGCCUGGCGGCGGGCCCGCUGCACAUGGCGACCGCCUACUGCCGGGACCUGGCGGCCGCCCAGCAGAACCUGGGGGUGCUCCUCCGCAUCCGCCGCAGGGUGGGCGUGGAGCGCUGGAGGGCCGGUGCGUCGCUGGGCCUGCGCCAGCAGGCGUGGGAGCUCCGCUUCCGGGAGGCGUUCGCGGAGGAGAUCCGGGAGCUCGGCAUCGGCGCGGUGCGCUCCAUGCAGCUCCACUUCUUCGCGGCGGUGCCGGCCAAGACUUGGGUGGGGAUCCCCCUGUGCACCCCGUGCUUCGGCGUCGCGGACGGCCUGGAAGGCGGCAUGCGGGCUUGGCGCCGGCUGAGCGAUGCCCGCGGCGCCGAGGACCUGGCCGCCCCUGGGCGCAGGCAGCCUCUGGACCAGAUGGACGCCGCGUGGAGCCGCCUGCGCAAGGCCUACGUGGACGUGUGGGCGGAGUCCGGCCGGUGCCCACACCGCAUCGUGACGCGCAUGCGGUCUCUGGACACGAGGUACCGGUUGCGCCGGCGGCUGUUGGUACGCGGCUGGCGGCGGCCCCGCGCCGCCGACCCGGAGGCGCCUUGGCCGCAGGGUCGCCGCGCGGCCGUCGUGCGCGUGCAGCGCCGGCUGCUGAGGCUGCUCUCGCGCUGGGCGGGCUGCGGGAUCACGGCCUGCUGCAAAGCGCGCUCGCAGCACGGCGAGCGCCGCCGGUGGUCGGUCUCCCGCGCCACGGCCACGGGGCCCGGUUGAGCAGGGCCAUGUGCCAGGCCCACUGAGUUGGCGGCCAGAGCAGCUCGGAGCGCCCCAGCGGUUGCCCAGGCCGCCCAGGAGAGGCCAGAGCAGCAGGGGCCGGAGGGUCUCGCCGCACCGCCGAUGCAUCGGCGAGACGGCACGAUUCGCAGCCCGAUGUUGUCCUCCUGCCUGACGUUACCGAUUAAUGGGCGAUGCAGUGCGGUUAUCCGAUGCCGUCUAUUCCGACCGCAUUCGGCAGCUUCCAGGUUGUGAGUGGCGCCUCCGCAGGGGUGGUGGUAUCGACUGGGAGCUCCACCAGCCAAGAGAAUAUGAUACAGGACACUUGCUCCUCGGCUUCGGGAGCUCGUCAAGACGGAGUGAGUGGCCCCUUCUUCUGCAGACAGGUGCCCGCUGGCAAGUUCACGACAAAUCUUAUAUUUUGAUUGUUCCUGCAUCAGAA